UAAUAGACUGUCGAACAGAAGGAUGAAAUUUUAUUCAAUCACACAUUGGUUUAUUUCGAGUCGUGAUCGGUAGCUCAGUUGACAAAAUUUGCUUGCUUCAGUUCUCACUCUAUUCUCGAGAAUAUUGCAAAUAAAUGAUGGGAAAAAUGUAAAUGUGUGAAUCGUGAUUUGAAUUAUUAUUCAUUCUCUGAAAGGAUCGAAAGUCAGCAAUGUAUUUUUCGGUUAAAGGACUUAAUUGUACCCCACCGGCAAUAGACGACUUUCCUAGAGAUUUCUUCACAGAAAAACAGAGGAGGGAUGGAGGGGUGGCGGUCCAUGUUUUAUUAUCACUUUAUUUGUUCGUUGCUUUAGCUGUAGUCUGUGAUAAAUAUUUUGUACCAGCAGUAGAGAAAAUAUGUCAUGCUUUGAAUAUGUCAGCAGAUGUAGCAGGUGCUACUUUUAUGGCUGCUGCAACUUCUGCACCUGAACUUUUCGUGAAUGUCAUCGGAACCUUCAUCACAGAAGGAGAUAUAGGUGUAGGGACAAUUGUUGGUUCAGCAGUUUUCAAUAUACUAGCUGUAGCUGCAUGUUGUGGCAUAGGUGCAGGCAUGUGUGGGGUGAAAGUCGUACCCUUAGAUUGGUGGCCAUUGACCAGAGACUGUUUGGCCUAUGGAAUAACUGUUUCUCUGCUCAUCUGUAUAAUACACGACGAAAGAGUUGAAUGGUAUGAAGCGUUGACACUCGUUUUGCUGUACAUAGUCUACAUUCUCAUAAUGUAUUUCGACAAAUCGAUACAGAAAUUCGCUAGAGGACGUUUUUCACAAUCACGAAAGCACUCAAACCGUUCUUAUGAUCCUAAAUCCGCUGAGUUAGCUGAAGCUCAACUUCCUCUGAAGCAGCAUAAAGAAGGACAUACACUAUCAAAUGACGAACAAAAUGUGGAUAUUCAAGUAGUGAAAAUAAAGGGCGAAGAAGAUGUAUCUCCCCGACAUCAGAAUGGCUCAAUAAAACUGGGCCUGAAUGAUCAGAUGGAGGUGGACAAAGAUAAUAAUAAAGUAUCGUUAACUAUGACUGAGGAAGAGCCCCAUUCUUUGUGGAAAUGGCCAAGCGGACGAGGAAAAUUCACACAGAUGACAUGGAUUCUUACAUGGCCGAUUCAUCUAGUUUUCCUCUUCACCAUUCCAGAUUGUGAAAAACCAAGAUUCAAAACGUGGUUUCCUCUUACCUUCAUGAUGUGUAUCAUAUGGAUUGGAUCAUUAUCAUAUUUAGUGGCUUGGAUGAUCACUAUCAUAGGAGAUACUUUGAGAAUACCAGACUCUGUAAUGGGUAUCACAUUCUUAGCAGCAGGAACAAGUGUACCAGAGGCUGUAUCAAGUGUAAUUGUGUCCAAACAAGGUCAUGGUUCCAUGGGAAUAAGUAACUCUAUUGGAUCUAAUACCUUCGAUAUUCUGCUCUGCUUGGGAUUACCUUGGUUCAUCAAGGCAACAUUUUUGCCAACUAUUGCUGAUAAACAUUGGGUGGGAAUCAAUUCUGCCGGGAUAGAAUACAGCGCCAUAUCUCUUCUAUCCACGCUGCUCCUUCUGUAUUUAACGUUUUAUCUCAACAAAUUUCAACUGGACAAAAGAGUAGGAAGAAUUUGUCUCCUGAUGUACGCCAUUUUUCUGAUAUUGGCCAGUCUGAUAGAACUAAAUGUGUUCUUCAGAGUGAAUCUUCCCACUUGCGGUAGAUGAACAGAAAACAGAUAACCGACAAAGUGAAACGGACACUCUACUUUUACGACUUCUUAAGUUUUAGUUUUCAGAAAUCAGGAAUUUGUGAAGAAUGUUUGAUAAAAUGAAAGAUUGAUUUGAAAUUUUUAUUUUUGUUCGAAUGUUUUCAGUUGUAUCGGGUAAAUUGUUCAAUUUGAACCAUUUCAAAAUAUUUAUUUCACCUGUUAAUAUUCGUCUUACCUAUAUAUAAAAAAGUGAGGGACACUUUGAACAAAAUGUUGAAUUCAGGAUUCACUUAAUUCAACAGAAAAUCUUAUGUCAUAAAUUUUGUAUCGAUUUCUUCAUUUUAGAUACUAACCUUGAGUAAUAAAAGAAUAGUUUAAUACACAAGGCUACAACUUAUGUGUAUACAACACUGUCCAAUAGAAGACCCAUAUUUUGGUAGGUGUAUCAUUUACCUUAUUAAUCCUUGUUCAUAAAUGUGAGUUUGAUGUACAAAAUAAUACAAAUAAAAAAAGAGUGUUUAUCAUUUAUUAUUGA